UUCCGCCGGAUACCGGAAGUGCCUCUGCCAGUGGGCCAUGGAACCAGUGGCACAAUAGUGUUUUGAGGUGUGAGGAUUGCGGGGGUAGCGGCCAUGGAGGCCGUGCUGAACGAACUGGUGUCUGUGGAUGAUCUGCUGAAGUUUGAAAAGAAAUUUCAGUCUGAGAAGGCAGCAGGCUCGGUUUCCAAGAGCACGCAGUUUGAGUAUGCCUGGUGCCUGGUUCGAAGCAAGUACAACGAUGACAUCCGUAAAGGCAUUGCGCUGCUGGAGGAGCUGUUGCCCAAAGGAAGCAAAGAAGAGCAGCGGGAUUAUGUCUUCUACCUGGCUGUGGGCAACUACCGGCUCAAGGAAUAUGAAAAGGCCCUGAAGUAUGUGCGCGGGCUGCUGCAGACAGAGCCCCAGAACAGCCAGGCCAAGGAACUGGAAAGGCUCAUUGACAAGGCCAUGAAGAAAGACGGACUAGUGGGCAUGGCCAUCGUUGGAGGCAUGGCCCUGGGCGUGGCAGGACUGGCUGGACUCAUCGGACUUGCUGUAUCCAAGUCCAAAUCCUGAACAAGACCACACCUCUGCCUCUGCCCGCAAAGCCUAGGAGCCCAUGAGGACACUUGAAGAGGGGCCCCUGCAUCCUUGCUUUCCCUUUCUUCUGCCCCGCCAUGAGGUUCAAGGUUACAGCCUCCCCUCCUCUGAAACCUGCCCUUUAGCCCCAAAUCAUGUACUUUGGGAUGAGUGUAAAUAAAAUUGGGCUUUGGCACUGGAA